AAGUUGUGAGAGUUCUAAGUAUUGAUGUGGAUGAAACACUUCAAGAUUACAAGAAUGAUGGAAACCACUCAAGAGGACCACAUGAUGGCCUUGGUUCAUCAGAUGAUCACAUUCUGUGGUUUAUGCAAGGUAUCUGGGGCAAAGUAUGAGCUCUGCAGUGUUUGACUGUUAGACCUGCCAGUGUCCCCUCACCUGCGGUUACCUUCCUUUUCACGUAUCAGGACCAUAUGUGCUUCCUUUACAUUUCUCAGAUCUCGGACCUUCAUCUCAGUAUCUUUCAAGAUCCUACCAGAUCUACAGAGCUGAUGGAGUUUGCUUCUGUAACAGUGAAUAACAUCAGGCCAGCAGUGGUCUUAGCCUCAGGUGAUUUGACCGAUGCCAAAAAUGCUGACAUGUUAGGUUCUCAGCAAUAUAUUGAGGAAUGGGCCACCUAUAGUGAUGUUCUCAAGAACAGUGGAGUUCUCAACAAAACUACUUGGCUUGAUAUCCGAGGAAACCAUGACAAUUUUAACGUGCCUUCAUUAAGCAGUGAGGAGAACUUGUACCAGCAGUACAGUGUCCAGGGGCCUCAUCACUCUCGCUCCUACAGUUACACUCUCAAGCAAGGUGGUCAGUCUGUAACCUUCAUAGCUGUUGAUGCCUGUCUUCUCCCAGGCCCAAGAAGACCAUUCAAUUUCAUUGGAAUGGUAACGUCAUCUGAGAUGCGUCUACUAGAGGAGUUUGAGAGGUCCAGUCGCAAGAGCAACUACACCAUCUGGUUUGGUCAUUAUCCCACUUCAUGCAUCCUCUCCCCUGAGCCAGGCAUUCGGCGUAUUAUGGGUCGAGGUUUAGCUUAUCUCUGUGGACACCUGCACACUCUUGCAGGUCUUGUUCCUAAUAUGUACACCCGGCAACACACAGGCUCCCUUGAGCUGGAGCUUGGAGACUGGAAAGACAGCCGACUUUUUCGUGUAGCUGCAAUAGACCAUGGCCUGUUUUCUUUUACUGAUGUGAAGCACGCCUCAUGGCCUAUUAUCCUCGUAACAAACCCUAAGCAUGCGCUGUUUGCUAUGAAGCACCAUGAGCCACUGCACCUUAUCCAGGAGUCCACACACAUCAGGGUGUUGGUGUGGUCUCUGUCAUCUAUUGUGGAGGCCAGAGUAAGGAUUGGUAAAGGGCCAUGGCUCACCUUGACUCAAGUUAAAGAGGGGCCUCUCUUCAUUACUUCUUGGAACCCACAGAAAUACUUGGCAGAGCUUCACACACUUACGGUAUAUGCAAGAGAUUCCAGUGGCAGGGAGCAAACAAUAGAGCAGCCUUUCUCCCUUGAUGGUUCUCAGCCUUCUUUUAGGUUUUGGCCAAGAGCUCUCCUCAUGUCCAAUGUUUCUAUGUUUUUCCAGUUCUUGUUUGGUAUUAUGGUAUGUGUGUGUGUGCUGCCUCUGUGCAUCCUACGCUACGUUCACCGUCUGGCCCUUGAAAAACGAAUGAUUCGUCCAAGACUGAGAUGGAAAUUCUUUGACCUAUGGCUACGUAAACUAUGGGUCCUAGUGUCUGUGGACCGGCUCUUCUGGCCUUUGGUUGUGAGUGCUGUGUAUGUGCCUGUUGGGCCUUGGUUUGUUGGAGAAGUCAUUGAAGAUCAUAUUGGAGUAGUGUUUGCUUGGGGCAUAUUUGUCAAUAGAAGCUACCUACCAGGCUCAUUAACAUAUGCUUAUGGAUUUUUCCAGAUGCUGACCUUCCAGUUUCCUCUCAUCCUUGCAGUUGCACACUGCGUUGAAUUUAGAUUCUGGUCAUUGUAUGUUGAUCCACUAUGCAGCUUUCCUCGUUACUUAUGCCGUCACGUGUGCCCACUUCUCAUUGUCACAUUUCAGAUGAUCACUGCUUUCUUCUUCUGGCUAGCAUACGGAACAAUGGCUCUUUUUUUGGGUCCACUUCGUACCUGGUCUGCAGUUUUGGGACUGAUUUUGUGGUAUCAGGCUGCAACUGUUCAUAAAGAUGUUUUGAGGGAGGCUGCUCAAGUUUGGGUUCCCCAGCCCCUAGCCUGGGAGGAGGAAAAGACUGAGAGUCAAGCACACGUGUCCCAGAGCUCACUGUGAUGUCAUCAGUGUUCCUUAAAAUUAUAAGGUAAAUAUACGCCAUCAAAUAUUAAUCAACUUGUAUGUAGUAUUUAUUUACAUUUCAAGAGCUUUCAUCAUAAAAAGGUAUAUAACACAUCUUACAUGGAGAGAUUGAAAAGAACCCUAGAUGUAUAAAGGAAGUCUGUGAAAUAAAUGGUGAUGAUGAUUGGAGAGUAGUUGUAAAUGUAUGAGUAAGGAUAAUUAUAGAAAGUUUGCCAAAUCUGGUCCAUGUGACUGAUUAAGUUACAUAUGGGAAGAUAUUAAUGGUAAAGGUGGGCCAUACACUGUAGCUGCAUGUGGCCUCAUUGUUCAUCACAAUCUCAAUUGCCUGUGUUGGAUUGUCUUUCUUAACCUGAGGCACAGAGCCAAAGAAAGAAUGAACAGCUGGAUGUUAUGUGUACCACCUGCUCCACCCCAGAUUGGGGUUGAGGACCAUUGAAUAAUAGCUAGCCACACAAUAGGUGGAUGGAUCUGUUACAGUGUUGUUGAGUUAAACCAGUCCAUGAUGCAGAGAACUUUGGGUACAGUGCAUUGCUUGUCAUCUUGCCAUAUGAUAGUAAAAAUAUCUCUUUCCUCCCUGAGGCCUUGGGCAGGUAGGAUGUGAAUGUCUGGUGGAGUGUCAUUGUAAAUGAGUGUGUGCAUGUGCACCUGGCCAUGACUGUCCCUUUUCAAAAUGGGAUAUUGCCCUGGAAUGUAAACAUUAAAGAAUUUUGUGAUCCAGUUUUUAGUGCAUUCAGUGUUGCUUAAUAGCAUUUUGUAUUUCUCUGUAUUUUUUACAGCUCUAUAAUUGUUUAUUGUCAUUUGUAUCAUGAUUUUCUAAACAAAGAAAUUUUCAUCCA